AUGGAAGGGAAAAUUUCAAUGCAGAAAAAUGGAGCUGUGGGGAAUAAAAAAUCAAACCGUGGUGGUAAGCAUGUAAUUAGAAGGAGACGAGAAGAUGCCUCUCAGAGGAUGGAGAAGAGGAUAGGGAAACAGAAAGGAAGAUCAAAUGAAGAAGGAAGAGGUGUAGAGGAGACGGAGUGUGGUGCACCCCAUAACGGGAAGUAUUAUAACCCCGUGAUGAAGGGAAAGGGAGCCAAUUGUAGGUUUAAUACUAGCAUGUUCCGAAACGGUCAUCGAAAUGGCAACAUGCGAGGUGUGCCUGGAAAGGGAAAAUACCAAAGUAGCUUCCAUGGGGGAAGAAGAAAAAGCAGAAAUGACGCAGAAAGAUAUUCCUAUGGGGGGAUAUCUACAGGGGAUGUGGACAAUCAGGGAGAUGAAGACAGUGGCGACACAAAUAGCAACACGUACUACUACGACAACGAGAGCUCGGCGGCUAGCGAGGGAGAGGCUCCCAUGGAGCAAAUCAACCAUGAAGAAGAAGCAAGUGGAAAAGAGCCCCAUAUUAACAGUGACCAGCAGCCUACCAUGGAUUACAUGGAAUAUAAAAACAGCCUCAAAAAGGGAGAAGAUCCAAAAUGUGAUAAUAAGAACACAUUGGAUCCCCCCGAAGGGAAGGAAGAGAUUGGUGUAGACGUACCCAGUGAUGAUGAUCAAAAAGGAGUUUUCAAAAUAUUCCUUCUAUUCUCCCCUCUUGCUAUUACAAGCAUAAGAAACAGAAAGUGCGUUAUAAAUGCUGAUGAGCACAUGUUAUUUCUGGAGAACCAAUUAAAGGGGGUGCAGGAUUUACUGUCUAGUGCAAGGAGUGCAAAGGAGAAUGUGUUCCUCAAGAACAAAGUAGAAGCAAUAGAAAAUAAACUGAGGAACGUACGGUUGGAUAUACUUUUUUUUACUUUGCUAUGCUUACGAGACAGUGUUAUUAACAAAAGGGGAAAGUUGCAAAUAUAUGUUCAUACAGUUAACGGGUUACUAAUUUUCGUGUCUCCAUCAUUUCGAGUGCCUCGAAGUUUUUCUCUUUUUAAGAAGGUCAUGUUAAAUCUCAUGCUGAGGAAUGUCGUACUCGACCCGGACGGGCGUCCACUCCUGAAGGUUCUUUCCCACCCGGUCAAGCACUACGUGGGGUCCUCCGUCUGCAUCGGAAUUUCGAGCAUGGGUUUUCCCGCAGAUGUUAAAAAGCUAACAAAAAAGAUAAAAGAGACAAGGAACGAAUAUUCAUUUUUUCUUUCUCUAUCCACCGCAUUUGACCUCACACACUUUAUCGAAUUAAUUUCCAAGACCGACUCUGAGAGUUUCCCCUUCGACUAUAUCAUCCGUCUGUCAGACCUUCCCCUUUCUACAGUUGCCGUUUGUUCCAAGCUUACGCAUUUUUUAAAUGAAUAA